AUGAGUCUCUCGGAAUCUGGAUGGAAUACGUAUGAUGCUCCAGGGUUGAACCGUUGGCAAAAUAAUGCUAAUGGCUCAACUGUAGCUAAAAUGCAACACAAGUACUGGGUAACUAAACAGCAAGUAUGUAAAAAAUUGGGGAAAAAGGAUGACGAAUUCAUAGUAGCUUCGGACGCUGAACUCGAUGCUAAAUUAGAACUAUUUAAGUCUAUUCGUGGUAGUUGUCAACAUUUGCAAAGGAUUGUCAAUAAAUACGACGAAAAAGUUUAUAAUUUAGCAUAUGAAGAAAAUCAAAUGGGCCUGUUUUUAAAAAGAUCUGGGAACAAAGAUCAAACUAAAGCUGGUGAAAUGAUGCAAAUUUUGGGAAGUUGCAUGGCACAGUCAGGACAAGAGAGAAUUGGUUUACGUACGCCAUUGGCCAGGUUACACCAGGAAAUAGAAACUUUUUGUUUGAGAGCUGUGGAGGAUACUCAGGGCGAUGUAAAACGUAUGGAAAAUGCCCGUACAGACUACAGGGCUGCUCUGAAUUGGAUGAAAGACGUUUCCCAAGAACUUGAUCCGGACACCAAUUCACAGUUAGACAAAUUCAAAAACGUGCAGACCAAAGUAAAAAAGUCCAAACAGCAGUUCGAUCACCACAAAUUGAUUUGUUUGCAAAAAGUUGACCUGCUAGCCGCUGCGCGUUGUAAUAUGUUUUCACACGUCCUUAUUUUUUAUCAACAAAGUUUGCAGCGAUUUGCCGAAUCGGUCGCAGCGUCGUUUGAACACGCAACUAAAGAUUUUAAACAGUACCAACAUUACGAUUUCAAAAUGAUUAAAGAGUUGCGAACGAACUCAGUGAAAUCCACGUCCAAGGCAGACGAUAACAGCAAUGACUCAAGCUCGUACACUGAAUUGGGCAUCGAAGCAACACCCGACCAGAUUGAAGAAACAAACGAAUCUGUUUUGCUUUCGUUGCUCGACGGAAGCGACAGUUUUGGAAAUUUCUUAUCAAAUCCUUACGAAAGUAAUCAAGAAGAAAAGGACUCAGAACUUAAACGAUAUGGAACAGGAGAUGAAUUUUUACCGUCCCAAUUAUUGUCGGACUUGCUAUCCGGGUCAACUGCGCCUGUUAAUACUACUACUAAAAAAUCGGAUAGUUCAUCAAAUUGGGCGGACAUUUUUGCUGAACUUGAUCCACUGAACGAUCCUAGAUUGUCUUCAAAACUAGAUCCAUUAGAUCUACUUUGA